UCAUGAAAUUUCAAACGAUUCACACGAAAAACAUGAAAUCCUUAAUAAUUUUGUUAAUUUUAACGUCUUUAAUUGGGGUGAUUGCCCCCACAGACAUCGUAGAAGACAACAAAACCUUCGUACCGACAAAAGAAUGGCAGGAAAUCAAAAAAGGACAAUCAAUUCCGCCCGGCUUACAUGUCAGAAUGAACUUACAAACGGGCAAAAAGGAAGCCAAAUUGCUCGAAGAAGACCCUCCGAAUAAAGAAUCCGCAUUAACUCUAACUGACAAUCCAUCAGAACCUCCAUCGGAAAGCGCUGAAGCAAGUAAAGUUCGUUUAGAAGAAGCUCUCAAAGGAAUUCCCACAGACGAUUUCGAAUAUUCUGAGGAAAAAAUCAAAGAAAUUACGAAAAAAUUCCGUUCUUACGAGACACUCAAAGAAGAUAUGGCUUCCUUGAACAUGGGAAUCAAAACAGAUUUUGAAAUAAUGUCGGAGCUUUUUGCCAAAUACGAGGAAAUUCGUUCUCGGGAACACUCAACGAGCGAAUUGAAGGAAAUUUUGGAUGCUUUUCGCGAGAUGUCACAUCAAAUCGAUAAUGCAAACGAGUUUUUACUCUCAGGCGGGCUCGAAAAACUCAUUUUACCGAAUUUAAAGAAUCAAUCAGAGCCUGAAAUUAAAAUCAGUGCGAUUCGUUUGCUCGGUACGAUCAUUCAGAACAACCCAAAGGGACAAAUUGCGGCAUUCGAGAAGAACGUAGGUCAGUUACUGCUGAAAAGUUUGUCCAAAUCAACGGAUAACAACGAGUUAUCGACGACAAUUUUCGGUUUAGGCGGAAUUUUACGCAAAUUUCCGAUCGCGCAGAAGGAAAUCCUGAAUAAACCUGGCUUGAAAUUGCUCGUUGAACUGCUGAAUCGUCAAGCAGUCGACUAUAAAAUAAAAAUCAAGUGUCUACGAUUGCUCGGUGAUCUGAUAAGCGAUUAUAAUGAUGCAAUUUUGGAUGGUAGCCUUGAUAAGAUCAAGCAAUAUAACGCAGCAGACAUCAAGGGACGUCUCUCGGAAACGGAUUAUUGCAAAGCCAUCGAUGAAAUCUUCACAAUUUACCGAAAAGAUUUUUUGGAAAGUCUUUAUGCGACGGAGGACAUUCUCGAAGUGCUGAAAUUAUCAAAGGACAUGUGCCAAAUUGAAUGGUCCGAAUCUCCGAUACUGCGACACACACUGCUCGUUAUCAAAAAUCACUUUGACCGGAUACGAGAAACAGAUACGGACUUGGAUAAAAAUGACGUGGCGAGCGUCGUACGAGAUCUCGAACACUUGAACGAAUUUCUCUUCGGUCAUAUCGUGAUAAAAGAUGAAUUAUAGUAAAUCGUUGAUUUUUUCUUUCACUCAAAUUUGUUUUUUACUGCCUUUGUGUGAAUUAAAAUUAGGUCACGUGUGAAAAUUUUAUUUUUGGCAGACUAUUAUUAUUGUGUUUUUCACAAUCCGUACAGAAAAUGACCAAAUUUUCCGUCUGUAUGUCAUUCUGUGAGGGAAAAAAAAGUUGCA